AAUUUGAUUUUUGACAUCAUCAAAAUCAAUCUAUCACAAAACCUCCCAAAAAUCUCUCCUUUUCUUCUAUUCCUCUCCAUUCUUGUUCUUCCCCUUCAACAAAAAUUGAGCAGACAAAAUGUUGAGCAGGGCAUCUUACUCUCAUCACCAUCUACCCUCCAUCACAUUUGCAUCAUCAUCUUCAUCACUUCCCUUUUCUGCAUUUAGACUCUCUUUCAAUUUAUCCACAUUUUCUCUCUCCUCUAAACACCCUCAAAAGCUUCAAUUUGAAAACUUCCGAUUUUACAAUUCUUCUUCAACUUUCACCAAUAAAUUCAAUCCUGCAAGGUGUUUUGAUCGAAAUUCUAGCAUACCCAGUUCGAUUUUGAGUGUUUCACCACUUUCUGGCUGCUUCAGCUCAUCCCCAACUAUGAUGGGUCGUCCUUCUUUCAAAGCGUUUUCAACCGGAAGUAGCUCUGGUGGCAAUAGGGAAAUACUGGUGCAACACUUGCUUGUCAAAGAAAAUGACCUUAACCUUUUAGUGGAACUUCAGAAAAGGAUUGCAGGAGGUGAGGAUUUAAGUGAUCUUGCUGUGGAACACUCUAUUUGCCCGUCAAAACAAGAGGGCGGGUCACUUGGUUGGGUCAACAAAGGACAAAUGGUACCAGAGUUUGAAGAAGCUGCAUUUUCUGCACCAUUAGACAAAGUUGUAAGAUGUAAAACAAAGUUUGGAUGGCACUUGCUGCAAGUCGUAUCCGAGAGGGAAGGGUCGUUGCUUGGUGAAGUUCAAGUAAGUGAGCUGCAGGAGAAAAUGCAGGAUCCCGAUUUCACAGAAAAGGCACAGUUGAUCGAUGUUCGAGAGCCAGAAGAAAUUGCCAAAGCAUCUUUACCAGGUUUUCAAGUUCUUCCUCUUCAGCAAUUUGGAACAUGGGGACCCGAGAUUACGACCAAGUUCGAUCCACAACAAGACACUUAUGUUAUGUGUCACCAUGGAAUGCGAUCAAUGCAGGUUGCCAGAUGGUUACAGACACAAGGCUUCAAGAAAGUGUUCAAUAUAACCGGAGGAAUUCACGCGUAUGCUGUGAACGUCGAUCCUUCUGUUCCAACCUAUUAAAAAACUCAGUAUCAGUAUCACCACCAAUAUAGCAGCAGCAUUUUGUUAUGGACCUCCAUUUUUGCUUCCCAUUACCUUGAUAUGCUGAUAAGUGCCAUUUUUUUUUAUAGAGUUGUAAUGUCAGAUGGUUUUUCGAUCGAUUUUCAUGAAUGGUUUGGAAAAUUAUAAGGUGCAAGUUUUGUGUUA